CCUCGGACCACUACCACCGAGUCAAAUGAGCCGCCGUGUAAGAAGCACCGUGAUUACAAUCGCGAGUACGGUAUGGCUGGCAAGAAAACAAAAUUUGAUUAUCAUGAUCUCCUCGGGGAUUCUGGCACAUUACCUUGUGGCGAAGAACUAUUCAAUGCAUCAGCCAUGGGAAACACCGAAAAGGUCAAGGAAAUCAUCAGCAGACAUCCUGAUUUGGUUAAGUUUCAGAACAAGCAAGGGCAGACUCCACUGCAUGCUGCCGCCUUCGGUGGCCACAUGGAUACCGUUAUCGACUUGGUUACCAAUAAGGCUCCAUUGGAACAGCAAGACAGAGACGGAUGUACGGCACUGGUGUCUGCAAUAUACGGAGAUGAACCAGACGUUGUGAAAUAUCUUUUGAAUGCUGGGAGCAAUGCAAUUUGUCCAAGCAAAACGGAUUUAACCCUACUUCACUUAGCUGCUCGCCAGGGUCACGAGAAGUGCUUCAAGGUAUUACUGCUUGACAGUUGCCAAGUGCGUGAUAUCAACCGGAAGGAUGCUCUUGGAUAUACACCACUGUCAAUCGCCAUCAAAGAAAACCACGAACCGAUAAUACAGUUGUUGGUGGAACGCCCAGAUGUGGACCUUGACCUGAGAAACGCCAACCAGAUGAACUCUUUGCAAUUUGCGGCCCUUAUUGGAACUAAUUUUGCGGUCGAGCAGAUUCUAAAAGUCAAGCCCAAGCUGCUAAAUGUGGCGAAGAACGACGGUUUGACAUCACUACAUAUCGCUGCACUCAACGGCCACAAGGACACUGUGCUUACCCUCCUAAAGAACGAAGACUGCUUAAAGGAUCUUAAAAAUGCUGAAAGGCAGACGGCGCUGCAUCUAGCUAUUUUCAGGAGGCAUUACGAUUGUGUCAAGGCUCUGGUGGAUAAUGGUGCCAACGUAAACGCGCAGGACAAAGAUGGUGAUACUUGUCUUCAUCUGGUUAUGACGAAAAUUCCCACAUCUAUUGAAAAACUUGUAGAUAAAGAACCAGAAGACGAGGGACAAAAAAUUGAGACACCAGAUGCUCACCAGAAGGAAAUUAUCGAAUUGCUGGUUCGACACCCAAAAGUUGACGUUGCAUUGAGAAACAAUGACGACUUCAGCUGUCUACACUUCGCAGCACUGAAAGGGAAUAAAUUUGCAGUCGACAUGAUUCUUCGUCAAGCGCCACAUAUGAUUAAUCUGGCAAAAAGCGACGGUUUUACACCUCUGCAUAUAGCUGCCUUGAACGGUUACACGGACAUGGUACUGACCUUUCUCAAGCAGGUACGGAGGAAAAGUUACUNUUUUAACCAAAAUAAAGAAGCACGGGGGUAUUACGAGUGUGUCAAGGCUCUGGUGGAUAACGGUGCCGACGUGAACGCACAGGACAAAGAUGGCGACACCAGUCUCCAUCUAGCUAUGAUGGAGAAAUCCACUCCAAGUGAAGAAAAACACGGGGGUGAGGCGUCUGAUAUCAGUCGGGAUAGAAUAAUUGAGUUGCUGGUCAAGAACUCAAGCGUUGAUAUGACGCUGAAAAAUAACAACGAUUUAAGCUGUUUGCAUUCCGCAGCAGUUCGAGGGAAUAAAUUUGUUAUUGACCAGAUUCUCCAAGUUGCGCCACAUUUGGUGAACAUGCCACAGAACGACGGUUUUACACCACUGCAUCUCGCUGUCGUAAACGGUCACGUGGACAUCGUGCUAACCCUCGUAAAGCAGAGAGGGUGCUAUGUUGUUAUUCUCUCUCGACAGAAGAAAAUAGCGGAGGCGUCCGAUGUCAUUCGGCAAGAAAUUAUCGACUUGCUUAUUCAACAUCCAAGAGUUGACAGGACGCUGAAAAAUAACAAGGACUUCAACUGUUUACAUAUUGCGGCAAUGAAAGGGAAUAAACUUUUUAUCGACAAGAUGCUUCACGUCGCGCCACAGUUGAUAAACAUACCGAAAAAUGACGGUUUUACACCACUGCAUCUAGCUGCUUUCAACGGCUACGCAGACAUCGUGGUGACCCUCGUAAAGCAGGAAAAUUGCUUGAAGGAUCUUAAAAAUGCCAAAGGGCACACAUCACUGCAUCUUGCUAUUUUGAAGAGGCAUUACGAGUGUGUCAAGGUGUUGGUGGACAACGGUGCUGACGUGAAUGCUCAAGACGACGAUGGCGACACAUGUGUCCAUCUAGUUGCAAUGAAAUCAGCUUCAUCCAUUGAAAAAUUGUUACAUGUAUUAAAAGACAAGGAGCAAGGGGGUGAGACGUCCAGUGCCAAUCAGCAAAAAAUUACUGAGUUGCUGGUGAAUAACCCAAGGGUCGACAUGACGGUGAAAAAUAACAAAGACUUCAACUGUCUGCAAUUUGCGGCACUCAAAGGGAAUAAACUUGUGAUCGAUAAGAUUCUCCAAGUCGCCCCGAAGUUAUUAAACACGGCAAAACAUGACGGGUUCACAGCCCUUCACCUUGCUGCCUUCAACGGAUUCACAGGCGCUUUGCUGACACUCGUUCAGCAGGAAUAUUGCUCGAAGGAUUUGAAGAACACCGAAGGACAAACGGCAUUGCAUCUUGCCGCUUUAAAGAAGUAUUACGAGUGUGUUAAGGUUCUGGUAGGCAAUGGCGCUGAUGUCAACGCGCAGGACAAAGAUGGCAACACCACUCUGCAUCUCGUCUUGAAAAAUGCCAAGGACCCACAAAAGCCAUCGGACACUACCGCACAGACGCAGGAGAUAAUCCAAAUGUUGAUACAACAUCCAGAAAUGGAUCUGCAACUGCAAAACCUCGGAGAAGUCAACUGCUUGCAGUAUGCAGCCCUCAACGGAAAUCAGUUUGCGGUAGAAAGGAUUUUGGAAGCCAACCCAUUGUUGAUCAAUACAACAAUGAGCGACAAUACAACCGCUCUUCAUAUCGCUGCAACAAAUGGCCUUAGAGAUGUAUUAAUAACCCUUCUAAAGAAGGAGACGUGCCAAAAAGACAUAAGCAAUGCAAGUAAACAAACAGCUUUACACUUGGCAGUUGACAAAUGCCACGCCGAGUGCGUAGAGGCUCUCGUGAAACAUGGUGCCAACGUGAACGCUCAAGACAACCAUGGCAACACCAGCCUCCAUUUGGCCAUCGCAAAAACCCCACUGAAAAACAUUUCACAAACUACCAAGGACGUUGAAGACAUUAAGGAGAUCUUGGCUGUAAUUAAAAACUACAAGCGAGUCAUCAAGUUGUUGGUAGAGCAUCCGAGAAUCGACCUAACACUGACAGAUAAGACGGACUUCAACUGUUUACAUCAUGCAGCCAUUAACGGAAAUACUUUUGCCGCCAUGAUUAUGUUAAAGGUAAAGCCUACCUUGAUCAAUACUGCCUGCACAAAGGACAAAUACACAGCUCUACAUCUUGCUGCUCUCAACGGUCACACGGACGUAGUAGCUACACUAUGCAAACAAGAAAACUGCACAAAAGAUCCUCUAAAUGCCAACCGCCAGACUCCCCUUCAUUUAGCUGCUGACAACUGCAAUGCCCAAAGCGUUGAGAUUCUUCUCAAUGAAGGUGCUGAUCGUAAUGCCCAAGACAAGGACGGAGACACGUGCCUGCAUGUGCUUUUGAAGAAAUCCUCGACGGAGGAGACUACGAGUUCCAACAAACAGGACAUUCAGCACCUCAUCCGGCUGUUUAUAGAACACAAAAUUGAUCUCACAUUGAAAGAUAAAAACGGUGACAUUUGCUUACAUUGUGCAGCCUUCAGUGGGAAUAAAGGUGCCGUUGAGAUGAUAAUAGAAGCCGCGCCGUGGGUCAUUAAUGAUCGAAGCGACACGUUUACGGCACUACACAUUGCAUCCCUCUACGAUCAAGCAGAUGUAGUAAAGACGCUUGCGGAACAGGGCAACUGCGCAAAGGAUUUGCUGAACUCGAACUCGCAGACCGCACUGCAUAUUGCAGUUGAUAAAAACCAUUACAGAUGCAUUGAAGCGCUGGUGAACAACGGUGCCAACGUGAACACCCAGGACGGAGAUGGUAACACCAGUCUCCACCUGGUAAUGAUGAAAGAAUCCACCCAAAAUAUGCUGGCAUCUGCAACCAAAGAAGAGCUGUUAGAUCUUGCCAAGAUAACCGAAGAGAAAGGCAAUGUUGGAGACGAAAAGACCAACCUCGUUGCCUUGGUUACCACUCUUCUCCAACAUGGCGCCAACGUCCACCUCUUGAACAGCAAGCAAAAGAACACGCUUCACCUAGCCCAAAACUCCAGUGUCAAGUCAUUCUUGGAAGAAUUGUUUGAAAGGUUUCGACCAGCUCCAAAACAACCAGGGACUUAAGGAGAGAAGGACCAAAGUUCAGACGUGUGGAGAAGUGGAUCUGCAAACGCGGGCGAUGUCUGACACUGUCAUUUUGGGUCACUUUUUCAACAAUGAAAAUUGAAAAAAAAAUCAUUCAAAUGAUGCAGCCACGUGUAUCUUAGCUACGAACUGUGUAUACGUGUCAUAAAGCAUAGAGUGUCACAUUCGUUGGUAUCUGUAGUGAUAAACAGUUAAGGGCCCAUUUUACUCAAAACUAAAUUAAUCAAGCUACGGGAAACAAGCCAAAGUUCAAUACUGGACAAGGUACUGCUGUGACAAGUUGAAAAAAAACUUGCUAAUAUUGAAUAUCAUUUUAAUUGAAGCCUUGGUUAUGUAAGAACUGCGUCAAGAAUGAUACGUUAUAAGUACAAUCGACAGCAAAAUGGUUCCUGCAUAUAAAUGGUGUACAUCGAUCAGAUAUAUCCUGCACAUUUUGAUCGCUGAGGCCUGAUGCAGGACUUUUUCAUUAAUUCUUUGCCCACCAUUGUUUUGUUUAUUUUUUCACGAGUAAACAGAUAAAAAUCUAAAAAGAACCAAGAAUGGGAUGUGAAUACACUAUUUCUACGAAGAAAUAGGUUCAGUAGACUGAACCUUUUAAGUCAUUUAUUUUACUUGUCAUUUUAUUAUGUGUGAAACGUAGCACGGAGUUAGAUUGUGUUUUUUUCAGAUUAGUCUCAUAUAGGUUUUGUUGACUUGAAUAAGAGAUAAAUUAGAUGAAAUAGACACAUCUGCAAUAAGGUGACAAAAUUUAAACGCAUUAAUAUUUUUUUUAUAACAUUCGUGGUGAAGUAUCCAUAAGAUUAUAGUAUUGGCAUAACAAUGGCAUCCUUCAAGUGUUAGUUCCUCUGAGAAGUGUACGUAGAUAAGAAACAUCGUAUUCAAUGACGAUGCUGAGCCUGAUAGUAGUCUUUUAUUUGUUGCAUAACCCUUACCCUCCCCAAUCCUCCAACAGGUGAAGGAUUGAGGAGGGUUAGGGUUAAUGUAACGUUAGAAUUCACAGAAUUCAGGAAAAUCACAUAUAUAAUUCUUAAUAAUAUAGUUAACAUUUUAUUUUACUUCAUUUUACAAUCAGAUUUUGUCGCAUUUAAAGCAUCCUUAUGUAUACCAGAGUUACAAUGAACGUAAUAUCCUUUUGCUUAAAGACUGCGCCAAUAUUACGCUAACCGCUCGUUUAAUAAUAAGUCUACAGGUCUCGGAGAAACUGCCAAGAAUUAAGCUGACAAUGCUGUAUACACAGCUAGAUACCGGCAGGUCGCAAUCAGUACUUUCAUAAGACGUAUUGCAUCAAUUUUCAUUUUACACGCACAUUUUACACAUUGUUAACACAUGUGAAAGAGAUUUGCCAUGUUAACUUCAUUUCUCUAGACACUAACUGCGUACACAUAUUUGUGAUAUGUGUACGCAGUUAGUGUCUAGAGAAAUGAGGACAUGGCUCAUUAGAGGCUCACAGAGGACAGGGCAGAGAACACAUCAAAAUACAUUUUUAGAAAGAAAAAUAUCAAGUCAUAGUUGCAGUACCUAAAUUAAGAUGUCAAAGAUUUUUAAAGUACUGCUCUGUGGUACCGGUACUUUGUCUCAAUAAUCAUCGUGAAAGAUCUAUGGAUAUGCGUUACUGAAAAAAAAUAAUCCUCGUUCAGCUUUUGUUCUUAUACACUAAUUUUUUUAAUGCUUAUAUGAUAAGGAAGCAAUGUAUCAGUCACAAAUUACAGCUCUACUCUGGUUUUCUACUCUGAUUUAAAGUAAAUACUCGUCAUUAACCUUUAUUUAAAAUGUUCUCAUGUAAGUGUUAAAUACUAAAAGUUUUCAGCGAAAAAAAAAUGGUUGAAAUGGUGACGGAUUUUAACAAAUUUAACACCGAUACCUGAUUUUUUGUCGUAUCGGAUACAUACUUUUAAGGUGCAGAAAAGAUUCAUCAUUGUAAAACCAUUUCAUCGAACAUUCUGAACAAAGAAUAAUGAUUAGUAUUCUUUCUUUUUUUUUGGUGUGCAUGAUGCACGUUUGUUUCGUUUGCAUGAUUAAUCUAGAUACUAAUUCCCUAUACACAAACCACGUUUUAAAAUAUUUCAUCUAAUUUCAACUCUUUUGAUGAUUUCAUUUGGACACUGCGUUUACCGUUUCAAAAUUAUACGACAGAGCUUGACCGUGCACAGACAUUUUGUAAUCAAGCAGUUAUUCUGUGGAAUCAAAUGGAAGACGUAAAUGAAGACGUGUAUAACACUGAAAAUCUGUGAAGGACUUAAGGAACUGCACAAUGGUAUCUUAGACUAACCUUUUCAUACCGAAAAGGUAUGGUAAGAUACCAUUGAAAGUCUAUGUGUAGCAUUCAAAUCAUUCGCUUCAUUAACGUUCCAUUUUCGUUCACUCUUUUAAUAGUUUUAUAUUGGUAUUUUCCUUUACAUAAAAUCCAGUAAUCUAGCUAUUUCGAAAAGAGUGGUCUUCUGUAAAAGUCACAUAUGAAAUGGUUGCAAAUUAUAGCUUUGAUCUGAUUUACAUCUAACUCAUUAAUUUUAUUGGUUAUUUUGUCAUAUUUGACACAUCUUAGAGUGUGUGUGAUGAUUUUUAAAUACACGUAAGGGUUCAAACAUAUGAAACUAAAACAGCAACGUCUGCGAGAAGGUGACGGAAUAUAAAAGAAAUGAACAUUGAUAUCGCAAUUUUUAAGUAGCGAACGAUCCGUAGUUUUGUAACAUCGUAAACAACUGCAUCAUUUUAUGCUUUGGUACGCAGAACAGCAUUUUUUAGUUUGAUAUAUAUUCCUCUUUUAGAAAGAACGUCAUGCUUUUGUGUGUAUUAAGCAUUUGCUUCUACACGUGUUUAUGUAUAAUUAAUGAAGAUUUUUGGACUCGGUCACACAAAGAAUUCCAAAUCCAAAUUUGGAGUCCAAACCCCUUAAAAAAUAUCCGAAGACCUACAGGGCUCCAUUUCGUGAGGGGGAUGUUUGCUUGGAUACACCUAUUUUGUUUACCGAAAAGGAGAAGUAGAUGCGUUUGACACUUUUGUAAUGGGAAUUAAAGGAUUGUACAAUUAUGUUUUUUUUUAUAAGUCAUGGUUUUGUAGUGUUACAAGCAUACACCUCGCUUAGAUUCAUACUGUUCUAUCUAAAAACCUAAAAUGUGUACAGUUUAGAAAAGUGGUAACUUGAGGAACACAUCUACGAUCACUGAGGUCUGAUUCCACCCCUUUUCACCUAUAAUUUGUUUAACUUUGUUUGAUUUAUUUCACCUUGGAGGAAAUUUCAUUAAGCCUAAAACGUUUCUCUGAAAACUAAUCGCAUGCUUAAUUAAAAUUACGGUUUAAAUAUUGUUUAAAUAGUUUUUUGAUGGUAAGAUUUCGUAAUUUAGAAAAAUUCUUAUCUGCGCAUAUGGGAUUAAUUUGUGAUUGUUAUUUUUCUUAUAGGAGUGGGGUCAAAUAUCAAUGCACUUUUAAUAGUUUUGGACACAACAUAUUGAUCUGUGGCAAUGCCUUGGCAGGAAAUCUUCCAAGGGGCAAAGGAGGUACAUAAAAAUGCAAAGUGUCAGCAGUUACCGUGGUAGGGUUUUGGUGCGCUACUGCAGCAAGGUUUAGAAACGAUUUAGCAGCAAUAGUAAAAGACUGUGAAAAAGGUAAAAGAAAAAUUCAGAAACUACCGGUUUUUUGUCGUAUCGAAGGGGAACACGAUUAUUCCGAUCCAAUCGUAGGUCAGACCUGAAUUGGACGUACGCAUUUGUAUCCAGUACUGUAGUGGUUCUAUUAUGAGGUAAAAUUUCUCGACUGUAAUCAGUAAUUGCUGAAAGUGAAUAAUAAAGAAAUUAUGCUUUGCUCGAGCCGCAUA